AUGGAGGCCGAGCUGUUGGAGGAGCACGGAGGAGCCCUGCGUACAGUCAAAGAUCUGACUGCGGGUGCUGCUGGAGGUAUUGCACAGGUGCUUCUUGGUCAACCCUUUGAUAUUGUCAAGGUGCGCCUACAAACGACCAGUCAAUACUCCAGCGCCCUCGACUGCGCCUCGAAGAUUUUGAAGAAUGAAGGACCUUCUGCUUUCUACAAGGGAACCCUGACUCCCCUUAUCGGAAUUGGCGCCUGUGUUAGUGUUCAAUUCGGAGCCUUCCACGAAGCCCGGCGACGCCUAGAGGAACUAAAUAAGAAGAAAUAUGCCGAUAGCAGCCUCAGCUACGGUCAGUACUACCUCGCCGGCGGCUUCGCGGGUAUCACCAACUCUGUCCUCUCCGGCCCCAUCGAACACGUCCGUAUCCGUCUCCAGACCCAACCCCACGGCGCAGACAGACUAUACAGCGGGCCCGUCGACUGCAUUCGCAAGCUCACAGCGCAAGGAGGCGUUCUCAAAGGUCUCUACCGCGGUCAGGCUGUCACAUACCUCCGUGAAAUUCAAGCCUAUGGAGUCUGGUUUUUGACCUUUGAGUACCUCAUGAAUCAAGAUGCCAAGCGCAACAACAUCAAGCGCGAGGACAUCUCCAGCCUCAAAGUCGCCGCGUACGGGGGUCUAGCGGGUGAAGCGCUCUGGCUGUCUAGCUAUCCGUUCGAUGUCGUCAAGAGCAAGAUGCAGUGCGAUGGUUUCGGCGCCCAGCAGCAGUUCAAGAGCAUGACCGAUUGCUUCAAGAAGACUUAUGCCGCCGAGGGGUUAUUGGGAUUUUGGAAGGGUCUGGGCCCUACCCUACUCAGGGCCAUGCCUGUUUCCGCAGGGACAUUUGCAGUUGUGGAACUUACCAUGAGAGCAUUGGGUUAG